GUAUAGCACCCCUCCUUGCCCACUUGACCCCCCGGCUCUUGCUCUUAUACCAAGGACUCAGCCGCUCUGCCUAUCCCACUUCUCUUUUCUUGCUUGACUUUGCUCUAAAUAUCGACUCUUCCCAUAUCUUUUCUUACUUUGCGACUUAACCAGAUACCCAAACUUUGAAUUCUUUGGAGUUUUGUUGUUGUUGUUGUUUUCGUGGUAAACAUCGAUCUCUAACCCCUGAACGUACUAAACAAACACUCACACGCUCUAACAGCUAUAGUGGAUAUUUCCCUACUUUGACCAUCCCCGGAUUACACAAGAGCUCAGACCACCCGUUCAUCGGAAUUCAGAUACAAGAGAAACAUGGCCCAGGUCUACCGCGAAGCCCGGUACUCCCGGGAUUCUUCUCCUUCGGGCGACGAGGGCUACAGAAGGUCAAGCUCCCGCCGUUACAAGCAUGCGCCGAGCCACAGCCACGAGAGAGUUUAUGAGCGCGAGAUUGACGUUAUCGACGAUGACCGCCAGGGUGCCCGUCUAGACGGCCGCUUCUUUGGCCGUCCCACCGGCGGCGAGCUUGUUCUUGAUCGUAGAGACGACCGUCUCUAUCCUGACCGGCCACGAUCGACCGCCGGCCAGGGCAGUACCUACGUCGAGCGCCGGUACCGAGAGACGGAGGACUGGGAUGGCGACAACAUCCCGGAUCGCGAGCGCACUGUGGUCGAGAAGCGUCUGGUUACCCGCGACGACGAUGACUACCACUAUCGUCACGAUUCCAGCCGAACCAGGGACAACGACGGAUGGGAGCGCCGUUCCUACUACGAUGCCGAGAGAGAUGCGGAGGUGCGUGUGGAGAGAAAGGUAGAGCGCCGUGAGGACGGCUCCGAGGUCAUCCUGGAGCGCCGGAUUCGUGAACACAUCGAUCACGACCACGGUGCCGACGUCGAGAUCUACCGCAAGGAAACCGAGUACUACGAGCCUGCACCACAGCCGCCCAUCGUCAUCCGUCAACGUCCCGCCGAGCAAAGGAUCAUUGUUCAAGAGGCUGCUCCUCCCACGGUGGUCCUCCGUGAGCGUCGCGAUGAUUUUGCUCCCUACGUCGUCGAGGAGACCAAGGAGGAGUACAUCGUCGAGCACAUCGACGACCACCCCCACAGUCACAGUCACAGUCACAGCCACAGCCACAGCCGCCACCGUGACGGUCACCACCACUCCCACUCGCGCUCUCAUCACCGCCACGAAGAUGACGAAUACUACACCCGUGUUUCCCGCCGCGACGAGCGUCGCAGCCGUAGCCGCUCCUCCUCCGCCAGCCCCCACCGCAAGCGCCACAUUGCCGAGGGCGCUCUCGCCGGUGCCGGCGUCUCUGCUCUGAUCGCCUCGCGGCGCGACAAGGAAACAGGUGAGGUAGACAAGCACCGCGGGCGCAAGAUCGUCGCCGGCGCUGCUCUAGGCGCCCUGGGCACCGAAGCCGUCCGCCGCGCCCACAGCGCCUACAAGGAACGCCACGAUGACUCGGACGACGAGCACCGCCACCGCUCUCGCUCGCGCUCUAAUUCGCACUCCCGCAUCAAGACGGGCUUGGGCAUCGCCGCUGUGGCUUUGGCCGCUGCUGGUGCCGCCAAGUACUACGAAUCCAAGAAGGUCGAAAAGGAGGAGGCGGAGCGCGGUCGCCCUGCCCGUCGCUACAGCGAGAGUGACUACUCCCGUUCGCCCAGCCGCAAGCGGUCCAAGUCCCGCGCUGGUUCUGUAGCCAAGGCGGCCCUCGGUACCGCCGCCGCCGUCGGUGUUGUGCAGCACUACCGCCACAAACGCAGCAAGUCCCGCCAUGGCUCGCGAUCCCGCAGCUCCAGCAGCGAUCGCAGCGGACACCACUCGAAGCUGAAGACCGGAGCCGAGAUUGUCGCCGCUGGCGUAGCCGGUGCCGCAGCCAAGAAGAUGUACGACAAGCACAAGGAAAAGAAGGAGCACUCGCGCUCGCGCUCGCGCCACGUCCCCGACGACUCCCGUGACCGUGAGUACUAUGACGACGACGACGACCUCGACCACAAAUACGCUCGCCGCGAACGCGUUUAUAGGUCCAGAAGUAGGAGCAGAAGCCAAGUCCGGUCCGCAUUACCCUCUUCCUCUUCUAAUAAGAAUAACCAUGCCCAAUUCGAGAGGACCGUCGCUGAUGAUCCUGAAUUCUUAGGUUUGGUUGAGUACGGAACGAACCCCGUGCCCGUUCAGAAUGAACAACAGCAGCCGCAUAGUAAGAGAAAGGCAGCGCUUGCUGCGGCUACGGCAGCGGCAAAACAUGAAAGACAUAAACGCGACAAGGAACCACCGCCGACGCCACAGUUACUAUCUGCUGUUGAAGACUACGAUGAUAACGGGAUUGCCACGGGGUACGAGUCGGCGGCGGAGGAGCAGAGAGCGAGAAAGGAAGAACGCCGUCGCGAGAGGAGUAUGAGGAGGAGACAGCGAGAGAGGGAGAGAGAUGAGGAGAGAGGUGGUGCGCUGUUGGUCCCGAGAGCGAGAGAGGAGGUGGAGGAGGAAGUUGGUUAUUACUCUGAUAGUGAGGAUAGCGAAGCGGAGAGGAUGAGAAGACGCAGGGCGAAGAGUAGGGACUCGAGGAGAGAGAGGGAAAGGAAGGAGAGCAGGAGUCCAGAGAAGAAGCCGGCGAGGAGUAAGAGUCGGUUAGGAAGGCUGGCUGCUGGCGCCGCCGCCGCGGGGGCAGCAGCUAUUGGGAUUAAGAAGUUGGGUGAGAAUAAUAUCGAUAAGAAAGAAAAAGAAAAGGAAAGGGAGAAAGAGAGAGAAAGGGAGAAGAGAAGGGAUAGGGAGAUAGAGAGAGAGGAGAGGGAGAUUGGGCUGGAGGAGAGACGAAGCAGUAGGGAUAGCGAUAGAGAGAGGAUGGAAAGACAACGGGAGAGGGAACGCGAACGUCGACGCUACGAGGAACAAACCGCUCCAUCCGACCCUUACUACAAGCAGCGGCAACCCUCGCCUCCUCACGCGUCAGGCGGAUAUCCCCCAGUACCUCCAACUCCUCCUGCUAUCGCCUCUGCUGCCGCUUCUGUUCCGACAGCUACACCACCACAACUACAGCCGCAUCGCUUGUCAAAUGGGUUCACGCAACUUCCGAACAUCAACUUCACUGACCUGAAUAAUAUCCAAACACCAUACCCGAUGGGGCCGGAGACGAUGCCGAUGCCUGUACGGGGACCAGCACCAGUUCGACAACAACCGGUCCAGCAACUACAGCAGCAAUACCAACCGUACAAUCCACGAGAAUACGUUGCUAGCUAUCCUCCCCCUCCAGGUCCCGAAGUACCAUCGGUACUUGUCCCGGGCAAAGGCGCUUCAGCUGCUGCAGCACAACCACCUCCCGCUUCUGCUCCCCAGGGAGUUCCUCCCCCGCAAGAAGUUCCCCCAGCACUGAGGGCUCCUCAAGGGGUACCCGCUUCGCUGAUGGUGGGUGCGCCAUCGCAUCUUUCGCAGUCGCAGUCGCAGUCGGUGAUUGGGAGGAACCGUCCUGAAGAUGUGAGUAUCAGAUCUUCUAGAGAUAUGCCAAGGUCCCCUACUACGGGUUUGGGUGAUGAGAGGAGCAGGAGGGAAGACCGAGAAGAACGCCGCCGCCACCGCUCGAUGCACAUGUCUAGGUCAAGGCCUAGGCGGUCGAGAGGUGCUGGUGUCGUUGAUGUCGGUGCCGAUAGUGGCAGCGGCAGUGGCAGUGGCAUGAUAAGAGAGAAGGAUGGUCUAAGUCUAACCACCACUCUCCACCCUCCCACACCAACCGACUCUUCCUUUUCCUCUUCUUUCUCAGAGACCGACUCCCCUUCUCACACACCAAUUACCCCCAAAGACAACAACAACUCCAAAUCCGUAACCUUCAUCCCCCUCUCCCCCAAAUCCUCUCAGACCCUCCAGCGCCACCACGAAGAGCAAAUGGCCAAAGAAACCGCCAAGCGCAUCACCUCGGGCUCGGGCGUCGACCCCGAUGAAGAUACCUCGGACGUCUCGGACUUUGAAGACCGUCUAGACAGAGAACUCAACGCUUUGGUGCCCGCUAAAUACCGCUCCUCUUCUACCCCUGUCCCUGCUCAUGAAUCUUCCUCCUCCAACGCUUUAUCUCGCCGUGACCGCCCUCCUUCAACCCGUCACAAGGACGACUCCAACUCCGACAGCGACGCAACCCUCGAAAUCCUCCCAGACCGAUUCACACCCGACGGCCAACCGUUGGAUUCUCGUGAUCCCCGCAAUGGUAAACUCUACUCCUCUAGAAGAGGCGAGUUCAUCUACCAUGAUCACCACGGGAACGGACUCAAGCAAAUAGCUGGUACGGGACAAUGGGGAGUCAGCGGGACGGACGCGCAGGCGGUAGACAGGAUCGUGAGGAAGGUGGAGGGGGUGUUGGAGGGUAAAGGAAGUUGGACGGGGUUGGUUAUGGGGUUGUUGAGUGGACGGUUGAUGGAGGGUAGUGAGGUGGGAGUGGGAAGGGGAAGGGAGGUUGAAAGUACGAGGCCGAAGAGGAGGAGCAGGAGGAGGAUGGGGAUGGGGAUGGCGAAACUUGGGGUUUGAUUAAGGGGGUGGGUGGGUGCGAUGAGUUGAGGUUGCUGUUGGUGAUGUGGUGGUGGUGAUGAUGGUGUUGAAUGUCUGACGAGUUGAUGUUGGCUUCUAAGUAUGGUGUUGAUGAUGGGCGGGGAUGAUGAUGACGAUGGACGAAGAUGAUGGUCACCGAUGGGAUGGGACAGGAUGAUGACUAAUGAUGAUUAAUGAUCCUUUUCUUACAUUGUCAUGUCUUUCUUUUCUUUCAGUUUCUUGCUUUGGAUACUCUUCUUUAUGAUUUUACCUUUUGGUCACCUGAUACUUAGAUACGACGUUAUGCUUUUUUCUAUGGCUUCAUGUUUGACAUGUUGUGUGUUGAUGUCAAAGAUGGUGGUGGUGGGUGUAAUGAAUUUUGUCUUUGUCUCUCCUUUUGAUGAUUGAUGUUCACGUCAGUUAGUCGAUAUAGCUUGAUACCAAUAUUACUUGCUUUGAAAU